AUGGGUGCGGACCUCUCCACUCGCCCCGCCGACAUCCUGUCGCACCUCGCACACUCCUGCUCUCCCCCUCGUUCCUCACACAACGAGGCAACACGCAACGGGGAUAUCGAGCUUGCUCUUCUUGAACCCCGGGCAAGAAGCAACAGAGGCGUUCACCAAGUGCGCAAGGUCUGCUUCGAAACGAACAUGGGACGCACGUGUAAUCUGGUGUGGCUCGCUGGCUUCGCCCUGGUUGCUCGGACUGCUUCCGGUGGAUGCCCGUUCCUUUCAGGUCAAAAGGACCUUGGCAGCCGCAUUGGUGGCGAACGCCUCCUGUCCGGCGACCACGAUGAUGGUCACGAAGGAGGGGCCGAUUACUCCCGAGAGACGUACGAGGCCAUCCAAGCCGACAUCGUGUCCAUGUUCGUCGACUCCAAGGACUUUUGGCCGGCCGACUUCGGCAACUACGGCCCUCUGUUCAUUCGACUUGCUUGGCACUGUGCAGGUAGCUACCGCGCUUCCGACGGGCGAGGGGGCUGUGAUGGCGGCAGGAUCCGCUUCUUCCCGGAACACGGCUGGGCCGACAACACCAACCUGGACAAGGCCCUGACCCUCCUCCAGCCCAUCAAGCUCAAGUACGGCGACGCGAUCUCAUGGGCCGACCUCAUCACCCUGACGGGAGACAUGGCCAUCUCGAGUAUGGGGGGUCCCAUCCUUGGUUUCUGCGCUGGAAGGCAGGAUGAUGACUCCGGUUACGACAGUCUCGAGCUCGGCCCAACUCCCGAACAGGAGGCGACUGCUCCUUGCGCCGUGAACGGAACCUGCGAGCUCCCUCUCGGCACCAGCACCGUGGGGCUCAUCUACGUCAACCCAGGCGGGCCAAUGGGCGUCCCUGAUCCGGAGGCCAGUGCGCCGCAGAUCCGUGAAGUCUUCUCGCGUAUGGGCAUGAACGACACCGAGACCGUGGCGCUCAUCGGCGGAGGGCACGCGUUCGGAAAGGUGCACGGGGCAUGCCCCAGCGGUCCUGGCCCCGACCCCUUCGACGCCCCGGAGGCCCCCUGGCCCGGAACCUGCGGGGACCCCGAUUCGGCCACGUUCGGGCGCGCCGAGAACACCUUCACCUCCGGCUUUGAGGGGGCUUGGACGGAAGAGCCCACGGUAUGGGACAACAGUUACUUCGUCGACCUCCUAGAGUAUGACUGGAUUCAAGCCGAGAGCCCCGCCGGCAACAUCCAGUGGAUUCCCGUCCUGAAGGAAGAUGCCACCGAAACCGACGUUCCAGACAUCAUCAUGCUGACUUCGGACGUCGCUCUGCUGAUGGACCCCGAGUACCUUGCUAUCGUGGAAGAGUUCGCCGCCGACCAGUAUGCCCUGGACAUCGCCUUCUCCAAUGCCUGGUACAAGCUCGUCACUCGCGACAUGGGGCCGCACUCGCGCUGCGUCGGCACCGACGUCCCCCCCCCGCAAGAGUUCCAGCUCCCGCUCGCCGACACGCCGAAGGACCUCCCGAGCUACUCUGGGGCCAAGGAAGCGAUCGGCCGCAUCCUCUCGGAGGAGUCGACGUACGCCCCCCUCUUCGUGACCCUGGCCUACCAGUGUGCGUCUACCUUCCGGUCUACCGACUACAUGGGAGGCUGCAACGGCGCCAGGAUCAGGUUCCCGCCCCAGAGCGAGUGGGCCAGCAACGCGGGGCUGAGUACGGUGGCGCAGAUGGUGGCACUCGCGGGGCGCCCUCGCAGUUCUUCUUUCAUGACCGGCCUUGGGUACAGCGGCUCCUACACGGAAGAUGACGCAGGACACCCUUGGCGCCACCUGUGCGAUUACAACGGGUUUCGCCUCUCGACACCAAGGUCGAUACGGCGGCGACUCCGCCAGGGGCGUGUGCGAUUACCUUUCUUGCAUAUCAGCCUGUAACAUUGGCGUGAAUGUACGAUUAGGGCUCAUUUCGAGUGCCAAGCCGUGCUGGCUUGGGCUGGUUGAGGUUGUCCCCGAUGACCUUGGUCGACGAAACACCUGGACGGGCUCGGGGCUGUUCAGGGGAUUACAUAAGCUGUAGACAAGAUACUAGUUUGGCUGUCAAAGGAGCUUGCAGAGUGGUACAUAGAGAUAACGGAGCUUGCAGAGUGGUACAUAGAGAUAACGUAACAUCUUCCGAGUACCAGAUCGGGCAAAUAGCAGAAUGUUCGUUCGCUCC